AUGGGCUUCGUGGGCGAGGUGCAGGUCACCGUGCCGCUGUACCGGCUGUGGAAUUUCCGCGUGCCCGGCACCGACGGCAAUCUGCGCCUGCCGCUGGUGGUCAGGCGCGGCGGCAUGCACAUCUCCUUCCAGCUGCGGCCCGCGGCCGCCUACUACCGCGACAGCCGGCGCGAGCGGGUGGGCAGCGUGCUGAACGACCUGCGCCGCAACCCGUGGAACCCGCUGACCUACGUGAAGCUGUUCAAGCACUGGGACGACGUGCUGGACAUCCUGUCGUUCAAGUUCGGCAUCCACCUGCCCACGCGCCACUACACGCUGCUGAUGUGCGCGCAGAUGCCCCCGGCGCAGACGCUGUCCAUCUGGGCCGACGGCAGCACCCGCAAGCGCGACUGGCGCUUCACCGAGGCCUACGAGCAGGACCUGCGCGGCUCGGUCGCCGACGUGCUCGCCUGGCUGGCGCCCAUCACCCGCAGCGCCCGUGAGUUCAAGGGCUGGCUCGAGGACCUGCGCACCGGCGCCCACCACUCCGGCACGGCGCGCAUGGCGGCGACGGCGGAGGAGGGAACUGCUGCGCAACACGCAGCCCGGCGACGACGUCCGCUGGACGGCCUAUGGCCACAACCCGAACCAGCCGUUCAAGGUGCCCCAGCCGCUGCUGGGGCAGGCGGAGGUGUUCGACUUCCGCGGCGACCGCUUCCAGCUCUGGGAGCAGCUCGGCCUGCCGAUGCGGCUGCGCAAAGCAGGGGUGCAGCUGCUGCACGGCGCGGAGAACACGCUGCCUGUCUGGCAGCCGGUGCCCUGCAUCGUGACCAUCCACGACACCGUGCUGUGGGAGGAGGACCGGCGCGGGCUGGACCGCCACUACCUGCACGACGUGCAGGGCCUGGCCUACCGGCGCUGCGCCCAUGUCAUCACGAUCAGCGAGUCAUCCCGGCGUGA